UACAGUUUAGUUGAGUUUAAUUCGUUGCGAAGGGUGGACGUGAUUUCAACAUCUGGCCGGUUCAGUGGCUGUCGUUUCUGCUAGCAAUGUUCCUUGUCUUGUUGAUGGUGCGACGGAUUAAGAAGUGAAUUCGACAAUCGAAGCAAAAAAAAAACAAAUCAAUUCCGUACUCAGUUAACGUAGUUUCAAAUAAAAAAGCAAUGACGCGAUAAGCGUUGAUUGAGAAGAAGGUGUCAAUGAGCCACUUGCUUGGCGUGUGUUGGAUAAGUAUUCCGAAGGUUGGAGCAUUACAAAGAGAAUGAAAUCGUGUAUGUGAUUGAUUUCGUAUUGGAAUAGGCGACAUUCGCGUUCUGUGUUACUGUUCGCUAGCCGGUGCCGCUGCCUUUCCUAAGUUAGACACAGUGCAAGGCGUAUUGAACGGAAAAACUAAGCAUCAUAGGCGUAAUGUCAACAGCGUUUUGAGAAAACUUUACCUCGGAACGUAACCGUGUAUUUACCAUCUGCAAAGUGCGUGCGUGUAGUGAACGGUUUGCCAGCCGAAGUACGCAAGCCCUCACUGUUUUCGUGGGCUGAGAAGCACACAGCGGAAUAGUGACGAAGAGAAGCAAGAAGAGAUUACAACCUUGUCCCGAAUAUUUCGAUUUUAUUUCUUGUCAUUCGUCUUGUUUCGGUUUCGGUUUCUGUUGUUUGGUGUAGUGCGAGGUAUCAUUACUUUGUAUGUCUGUUUGCUCCCAGUAUCGGUAAUAUGCAAAACACAUGUGAUGCCAGACGGAGCAGCGGACGGAUUACGGUUACAGCGACAACGGCUAGUGCAGUCGAGUGCAAUCGAGAUUCCGAGUGUACGCUGUGAGUUUCAUUACGUCAAUAUCAAGAACAAGCGGCGACCGGUGACAGCCUAUCAACCGUGAUAGCUGAAUCAACCCUCCUCUUGAACAGGGCAUUGAAAAAACAACAGUUUUGUGCAUAUACACACUGACUUCACAUACGGAAGAGCAUUUACAAACGUUCAUGCAAAAAAAAAGAAUAAAAUAAAUCGGGGUGAUAAGUUCUGCUCUACGAAUUCACAUCGCUUUACGCGCUUUACACGCAAGUAGAAGAAAGUGGUAAGCAGCAACAGUGGUAAGCAGUCCGAAGCGGUGCGGGAAAACCAUCCGGGAACGGCGAACUGAAGCGGAAUGUGUACUAUUUGAGGCACUGAAAACGGCAAACAAUGAGCUGAGCAUAUUCAUCGAGUGCACACUUUCUUCAACUUUCUUUCGACCUCAUCUUCUGGAUCUCUUAUCAAAGACCGAGCGACCCCAGCUUUAGUAGACAGUGCUACUUUUUCUCGCGCAUCAGAAACCAUCACCCGCAACCGGCAGCAUACACUGAUUUGGUGAACAAGUUUGCUGAAUUUAAUUUUCUUGCUGCCACCAGCCACGUCCGACAGACGUCCGAUCAGCAGUGUCUCUCGGAAAAGGACGUACAGUCCGUACAUCGAUUAGUGUAUUGCACAUGUGCCAUCACAGUAACAUCGUCAGCAGCAACUAACCGGUGGUUACAUGAGCGAUAGCGAGAUGUAUGUUUGCAGCUGUAGCAGAAAGUAACGAUGAAGAUAAUCUAAUUGCAAUUUUGCACCCGGACUGGACUGAGGACAAUAAGCGCAGUCUCCGGAUAUCACAGUAACAAUAGCGGUGAUAACCAACAAAGAAAACGUUUCGCCUCAUUUUCGGACCAGAAAAUUUGAUUCGAAAUCACAACCGUACAUUCAUCACCAUCCGCCACAAAAAAAAUGAAACAAACAGCAAUCAGCGCACUGACGGUAGGUCUACUGCUUCUGUGCAGUACCCGUGCCGAUUCCAGCUACUACGGUGGCACAGGUGUUAGUCCGGCACCGCAUCUACCGGCGAUACCGAAAGACCCACACUCGCGCUGUGAAGAAAUUACAAUUCCGAUGUGUCGAGGUAUCGGAUACAAUCUAACAUCGUUCCCGAACGAAAUGAACCAUGAAACGCAGGAAGAAGCGGGACUCGAGGUGCACCAGUUCUGGCCACUGGUUGAGAUUAAAUGUUCGCCAGAUCUGAAGUUCUUUUUAUGCUCGAUGUACACACCAAUCUGCAUAGAAGAUUACCACAAACCUUUGCCGGUGUGUCGAAGUGUUUGCGAACGGGCAAGGGCCGGUUGUGCACCGAUUAUGCAACAGUACAGCUUUAGUUGGCCUGAACGAAUGGCAUGUGAAAAUCUGCCCGUUUCCGGAGACAGCGACAAUCUCUGCAUGGAGCAACCCAGCGAAGACGAUGGCGGCCAUUCAUCAUCUGGCGGCGGUGGAGCAAGUGGUGGUGGAAGUGGUUCUCAUGCGAAACCAACCCGAAAAUCUCAUGCGGGUGGUGCUUCUGGCCAAAAUAACAAAUGUAAAGGCAAGAAUUCAAAAAACUGCCAAAAUCCCCCAGGGGAAAGAACAAAAGAGUGCAUGUGCCGGUGUCGGGAGCCACUGGUGACCCUGGGGAGGGAAAGCCUACUGCACAACCAAAGUGUCGAAAGGGUCGGCGACGUCAUAAACUGCGCGAUCCCGUGUCGGGGAGCGUUCUUCAGCCAGGAAGAAAAGGAUUUCGCCGGGGUGUGGAUCGCGCUCUGGUCCGGCCUUUGCGGCAUAAGCACACUAAUGACACUCACAACGUUCCUCAUAGACACCGAAAGAUUCAAGUAUCCUGAGCGACCGAUUGUGUUCCUGUCAGCGUGCUAUUUUAUUGUGUCCUGCGGUUAUCUAACGCGACUGUUUCUCGGGCACGACGAGAUAGCAUGUGACGGGAAAGGUAUCAAGUACCCAACAAUGGGUCAGAGUUCCUGUACCAUGGUCUUCAUCAUGAUCUACUUUUUUGGCAUGGCAUCCUCUAUCUGGUGGGUGAUUUUAUCAUUCACCUGGUUUCUUGCCGCUGGACUCAAGUGGGGCAACGAAGCCAUCUCAAAACAUUCACAGUACUUCCACCUAGCGGCUUGGUUAAUACCAACAGUGCAGAGUGUAUCAGUUCUCCUCAGGCCUGCCGUCGAUGGAGAUCCGAUUGCAGGAAUCUGCUAUGUAGGAAACUCUUCUGUUGAAAAUCUGAAAAACUUUGUUCUGGCACCACUGUUCGUCUAUCUGGUAGUGGGAACGACAUUUUUAAUGGCUGGAUUUGUAUCUCUAUUCCGAAUCCGAUCCGUUAUCAAACAGCAGGGUGGAAUAGGAGCUGGAUCAAAGGCCGAUAAGCUGGAAAAACUGAUGAUCCGGAUAGGAAUCUUCAGUGUGCUGUAUACUGUUCCCGCUACGAUAGUGAUCGGAUGCCAUCUAUACGAAGCAAACUUCUCCGAGGAUUGGAUGACUGGAUUGACGUGCCCGUGUAAAGCCACAACCGGAUUCCGUCAAAAACCGCUGUAUUCGGUUCUAAUGCUGAAAUAUUUCAUGGCUCUAGCAGUAGGAAUCACUUCCGGUGUGUGGAUAUGGUCAGGUAAAACAGUAGAAUCAUGGCGACGACUAUGGCGAAGAUUGUUCGGAUCACCUGAUCCUACUGGUGCCGGACAAGUAUUGAUCAAACCAAGGCCUCCACUACCGCAGCCAUAUGCAACGUCCGGAAUAGGAGUACCCGGUUCUGCCGCUGCGUCACUUCUCGCCACUCCAUACACGCAAACCAUCGGUAGCGUGGCAUCCACUAGUCAUCAUCAUCUACACCACCAUGUACUCAAACAAACCCCGUUGAGUCACGUAUGACCUGGAGAUAUUGGCGGCGCUUCCACGCUCACUGCCGGAUCCGGCUCGGUGGUCGAUCCACGAGCCGUCUCUGUCGUCGUAACGCUGCCAGGACCACAACCAGGACAAGCCCUGAGCGACUAUGGUCCGAUAUAGUUAACAGUGCGACCAGAUACGGCACGAUGGAUACCCAGCAAUGCGAGCGACCACCUGUGACCCGGACGCGCAUAAACGGGGAGGGACUCCACACACUAACGUUUGUGGGGAGUUGAAGGAAUGCAACAAGUGUAGAGCAAAGUUAUCGUAGUAGGCACAUAGGUUUGUGUUUAAUUUGUAACAAGUGUAAGGCAAACAAAACCAGACAGUUGUGUGAUGUAGAUGUCGUUGUUUCUUAUUGUAUGCAUUAAGGACAAGAAGAAAAAGAAAAGCAACUUACAAAGUGUACACAUUUCUAUGUAUAGGUUAGUUCAAAUGAUAUCGUGCUGGUCAACAGUCGCACUGUUCCCUCCCUGUCGCCAUCUCUCUAUCGGUGAUACAUCAUGAUCCCAAGUACUACUAAUACUACUACUACUACUACUUCUACUGUCAUCCUGUAUGUCUCUUUACAUAAGUACGAUGAAGCAGCUCUCUUUCUAGUCCAAAUAAAAACACAAAUGUGUGUAGGAAACUGAUCCAUCGACAGAUUUUUAUACCCAACAGAAAACAGAGAAAUGCAUUUUCUACACACUUUUUAACAUCAAGCAAAACAAAAGUAUAAAAUUUACCGAUGUCAUAAAAUAAUUGGUAUGUGGUAGAAUAAUAAAAAUAGUCUACUUAUUGAAAAAUAAAAAACUUUCUAACUGUGAACUAAUCAUGUGUUCUAGUAGAGCGAAAAGCAGCAUUCUCGUGGUGUUUCCCCAUCGUAGCGAUAAAUCGAAACUGAUCAGAUUCCGAAGUACUACUGUCCAAUCUGAAUGCCAAUCUUAGCUCAGUGUAGCGCCAAAACAAAAACAGCAUUCACCACACGAUACCAAAAGCACCAGACAGCAAUGACAAUACUAUUCCAGCAUCUAGAUUAAAAAUUUAACCUCGGUUGAACAGAAAAUAUAUCAAUCACACUCACACACACACGAAAAUUUCACUGCCAAAAUCAUUAAUUUCCGGUCCACCAAAAAAAAAGCAACAUUAGCUAUUCGUAGAUCCGGUCAGCACAGCCAGGCAACGAAUUUAUAAAUCCUAGAUUUUUGCUGCAGCUGUUUGUGCCGCUGAGAAACACAACACCGCGCGUGGAUGAAUCAGACUGGACGCACAUAUAAAUCUACAUUAACCCGGAUUAGCUGGUUUGGAGCGAAAUUGUCAUUACCGCGCGCCAUGUCGAGCAAAGCUAAUACAGUCAGUUGGCAGAAAGACGGCAAUGAACAUUCUUUCAGAAAUAAUAAAUGAUUGCCGCGAGAAGAAGAAAAUAAAAGAUAACAACAACUGCGAAAAGGAAGUAAUUAAACCACUCUUAAAAGGUGCAUUUCAUGAAACAUUCAUACGUAAUUAGAAUUAAUUUACUCGUUUAUGGUAUAUAGAGAUGAAGUUAUUGAGCGAAUCAGACAAAAAAAAUAAAGAAUAAUAUAAAUUUGAGUUUUGGUUUAGUAGUCCAUGUUUAUUUGCUGUCUUUCGAUUGGUUCGCAGCUAGGUUAUGUUUUAUUUUCUGUUCGUCUUGCUUGAUUUUAACUAGGAAAUGACAACUUGAUUGAUGGAUUUUUCCAUUGAACCAUCGUUCCGCUACGGUUUCCAUUGUGUUUCAGUUUUCAGCUUUCUUUUCGAAAUCCUACCUUGUUUAUAAUAUAUUAAAUCCAGCAGUUUGAUGCAGGUUUCAGCAUUCCUCGAUCAGUUUGUCAUUGUAGCAUGCCAUGAGAUCUUGCUUCCUUAUUUUAAACAUUAAAAUGUGACUUUUGUUCACACAUUUAUCACUCGUACUUGGUUGUAAAGAAGCCUACUUUGAUUGCCAUAUCUUCAGCUAUUGAAGUUUUUCGCUAAGGAUUGUUUAAGUAUUGUUUCUUCGUGUACAAUAAAUAUGCUCGCAGCAAAGAGCAACUUAUACAUUUUUGUUCAUAGUUUUAUUAUUACUAAUAAUAGCAACACUACUUUAGCUGUGUGUACAUAUCAUAAUUCUAGCUUAAAGUAUCGAGAGUCAAAAUCAUCUGUUCGCUAAAAAUCACCUGAAAAACUUAUUUGGAAACUACUUUCAACGAAUGAUUAAUUCAAAUCAAAUUGUAUAUUAUUUGUAAUUUAUUUAAUGCUAAUUUCUAGAGAUCUAUAUCAAUGUAUCACAGCAAUUAUUAAUCGGAUUCGUAGAUGAGAGUGAUUGAGCGCAAUGCUAGUUGGUAUACUUUUCAGUUCAUAAACCUAAUCAUCAACUUCCGGUCCUUAUUAGGUAUGUGCAAUUGUACAUAGCUCAUGCUACUGUUGAAUAACAGAAAUGAGCUGAAUAUAUUUGAAUCACAUUUGUUGUCUCGAAACGUCUGAAAUAGGUUCAUUGAAAUGAAAGCAAGGGAAAAAUCUAGAACAGUCCCGAACGUGCGAGUUCAUGCCUAGUGGAAUAAAAUAUACAAGCAGAUACCUAAGCAAAGUAAACCGCAUCAUUAUAGGAAAUUCAAAACAGUGAUUAUCCAAUUAGAGAACGUGAUUUUAAUUUCUCGGGCAGUGGCAUUGUUUCGGGGCUCACUAAUUCCGGGCAGUUCAGCCAUCUACUCCGGUUCUUCUUCAGAGUGCGUGAUGUGCUCACGUCUUCCGGAAGAAUAAAAUUGCUCCAAAGUCAAACAGCAAGACGAGGCAAAAUCCUUUCAAAUUGCAAUAAUGACUCUUCGAAUCCAUAAUUGGAAAAUUGCCAACAUAAAUUGGCUUCUAUAUUUGCUUGAAUAGUUUCCUAGCCCUUUUCAUCAGCCAAAUCUCACAAAAUGAUAGUAAAACAAUUCUACGCAAAUGCAAAAUCAUGGGGAACUCAAACUAGGGAAGAUUAAAAUCAUAACUCACUGUUAAAUUCAUGUAGCAUGAACACCAAUGAAAGCUGUAAAAAUCCGAUAUCGCAUUUUCCGCAUAGUUUUCAAAAAAUUAUGAAUUCCUAGAUCUCAAAUCUAUGAAGACAAAUAACCAAUAUCUCAACAGUUUUAUCAACCUGUGCAACCUCAAGUCUCUUGUCCCGGCAGCUCCUUCCAUUCAGUAUAUCUUUUUACUCUAUAUUUAUUUUGUUUUUUCGAAAGAAGAAAAAUGCUAAGAGAAACAGAAUAAAAUUAACGGUGUGAAUGAAAUCUGGUUUUAACAGAUACAUAGACUGUAUACGAAUAUUUUGAAUUAAAUUACAAUUACUAUUACCGUAUUGGAGCAUAAUUAUUGUAAUGAUGCAAAUAGUAAGGAAAGUCGUAAUGUAUAAACAAAAAUAACGAAACAAAAGUAAUGAAAAAACAAUGGAAGCAAAAAUUAUACAAUAAGCAGAUCAAGUAAAACGUGAAACAAGAAAAACUUAUAUAUAAAGUGAAGCAUAUUUUUAAUUGUUUAAUAAAUUAUUAAAAUAAUAUGUAAAACCAAA